AUGGCCUUUUUUGCGGUUAUUGUGCGUUUCGUCGAGGGUAGUGGAUUCGAAGAUGUGUUAUUUCAAGCGGGUCUAUGUAGCUCUGGAAGCAUUACCGGAGUGAUGAGUGGAAAACACUACAAUCGAUGUUGGCUUGUUCACCAAGCUUUUUCAGAAGCAUUGAAAAGACUAUUUAUAGAACAAUAUUUACCAACCAUGCCAGAGAAAGUUGAGGAGUUCGCCCAAAGUGACCCCGCCCAAGAAACAAGUUUAACGAACAUUAUUAACGAUGACACUGUUAAAGAAUAUGUUAAGCAAUGCCAAACACAGAAAACCAAAUGUUUGAACGGAGAAUUUGGAAAAACACCCCAGUAUUGGGAAAAAUAUAUGGAGCUAAUUGAUCGUCAGCAGAAAUUGCACUUUUCCAUCAAUACCAAUGAUUAUGAUCUGAAAAUGCUCAUUGGAAAAAAAUCUUUGCCUUUGUGCUUCGCUACCAAUCGGGUUCAUUAUGCUCGCUAUUGA